GCACCGGCCCCGUUCGACAAUCCCGCCGCCGACACCAUUCUCAGGAGUAGUAGCGGCGACGAGCCUGACGAAUUGCCAAUGGACUUCCGCGUACACGGCGUCAUCGUGGCAGAAGCAUCUGAGAUCUUUGCGGACAUGUUCGCGAUCCCACAGCCGCCGCGCGCGAGCAACGGAGACGACAGUGAAGACUACGUGGGCGACAUUCCCGUCGUCCGGCUGACGGAGGACGCUGAGACGCUCUACAGCCUCCUCCGCCUGUGCUACCCCAUCGCGGACCCCGAGCUGCAGGAGCCGUCCGAAAUCCGCCCUGUCCUGGCGGCGGCGAUGAAGUAUGGGAUGGCGGAGGCGACCACGCUCCUGAAGAACGCCCUCCGCGCCCGUACCCAGGAUUGUCCUCUCGGGGUAUGGGGGGCGGCAUGCAGCCUGGGGCUGGAAAGGGAGGCGACGAACGCAGCG